CGGAACAGCAGCCUCUUACCACAGCGUAUGGAGCGCAAAACCUAACAGAGCUACUAUACGGGGGAACGGACAGGGCUCCAGGAUGUCUCCGAGGUCUCGUGCGUGAAAAAACACAAAAGGAACUCUCGAAACAGAUACUGCAAAGCGAGGCAGGAGUCUAAUUGCAAGGAAAAUCUGGCUAUAACAGUUCCUUUUAUUAUUGCCUUUGGAUACGUUGUUUCCAACUUCGCUUGACGGGUUGGAGUAGGCUACCAACUGUGCUUCCAGUGGAGGGUUUCGUCUUGGCGAGCCAGGAGCGGGGAUAAACAGCCGCUGACCGCGCACUCUGAAGUGGACUAACGUUUCCCCAGUUCCCGGUGGACUAGUCUACCAGGCAACGCCCGGAACCCGAUCAAUUGAUAACUUUGAAUUCUUAGCGGGAUAACUUUGGAACUUUCCCCCCUCGUGACAAUGGAUCGGGCUGUGGACGCUCUUGCGGCCGUAGCGCUCUCCCUCGCGCUGCUGUGCGUUCCAGGACCCCUUGGUCUGGUGCGUGCGUUCGGCGAUGAGACAGAGGAGAUGACGUGCGACCCGAUACGCAUCGCCAUGUGCCAGGACCUGGGCUACAACGUCACCAAGAUGCCCAACCUGGUGGGCAACGUCCUGCAGUCAGACGCCGAGCUCCAGCUCACCACCUUCACACCACUCAUACAGUAUGGCUGCUCCAGCCAGCUGAAGGUACACACACGCGCACGCACUACUAUCCUUGUGUGGACCUCAAAUUGAUUUCCAUUCAAAGUCAUAUUUUCCCUAAACCUAACAAACCUCAUUUUACAUUUCAGUACAUUUUUUAGCAAAGGCUCUUAUUCAGAGCGAUUUACAGGAGCAAUUAGGGUUAAGUGCCUUGCUCAAGGGUACAUCGACAGAUGUUUCACCCUAGUCAACUCAGGGAUUCGAAUCAGCAACCUUUCAGUUACUGGCCUAAUACUCUUAACCUCUAGGCUACCUGCCGCCCUAACUCCUAACCCCUACCCCUAAUUGUAACCUGAAAAAAGUCCCCACACACACACACACACUCUCUCUAGCUGCUCCAGCCCACUAAAGGCACAAACAUGUUGGUUCUCAGGCUGGGCUGGGCCGGGCUGUGUGUUGGAGCAGGCAGUGUUUAGUGGAGAGAGACAGAGAGCACAUGACAGUCACAGGGAGACCAGCCAGUCUUGGUUCAGCAGCAUGGGGCAGUGAGAUAAUACAUGUCUGAGGAGAGGACCAGGCCAGCUCCACAGGGCAACAACAAUGCUGCCCUCAGUACUACUCUCUGUAAGGCCACUUGUCUGCCUGAGCCACCAUGAAGCUAGACAUUAAAUCCUUCCCAUUUUGUCUUUCUCAUAAGGUUUUUAAUGUCCUGACUGAAAUGACCAAUGAGUAGUUAUUUGUGUGGUUAGAUGGAAAUGUCAUGAUGAAUGGAUCCAGUUCUGUUGAUAUUUAGUGUGGUUUACCACUCCAUAGUCUAUAGACACAGCAACCCACUGGCAACUCUGUCUCUAAGGGCAUCCCUUACCCUGACCAUUGACAUUCAUUAACAUACAGUCAGUCCAUUAGUCCAAUUCUAAUUGAUUUAAGGGCUUUUGUGGUAUUAUUGUGGCUUUGUAGUUGUCUGGAUGCUAUAGGUUAUUGGUGUGAUUAUGGGUUUGUGUUGUUUGUGUUAUGGUUGUGUUAUGGUUGUGUUAUGGUUGUCUGUCUCUUGUGGUUCAGUGUGUGAGCGUGCUAUGUGAGCAUUCCGGACUGACGGCCGUGAAAAGUCGCCAUCCAACAGAUUAGGCUCUUUCUUACACACACACACACACACACACACACACACACACACACACACACACACACACCACACACACACACACACACACACACACACACACACUCUGACAUUAACCUGAGAUAAUGGAAACUAGAUCUUGCACAUUGCUUUUCUAAUAAGAAGAAUCCCUCAGGUAUCCACACACACAAACACAAACUGGGCCGUGAACAGAGGCGGCACUCAGGUUACCUGCAGUGGAGGGAGGAAAACAAGCCUUCUGCAGUCCAGCUAGUGAUCAGAGAACAGUAGCACAGCUCCAACAGAGAGAAACAUCACUGAUAUCAUCUCUCACACUCUCACAAUGACGCCCUGCGCUUCCCUCGGCUUCCCACGCCACAGGGUAGACCCCCCCCCCCCCACACACACACACACACAACUUAGCCCGACACAUUCACUUGUAGAGAUGGUGUGUUUAUGGCUAGACAGUUAUCUUUACUGCAGUAUGCUGAACAGAGAGUCAGAUUAGAGUUUGUCCCUCCCAGUUAAAGUUCCUCAUACGUUCAUCUCUCCAGGACAUUGUCUGUAUGACUCUUGAAUUACCUGUUUAUUUGUUGUAGUGGCUUUUAAUAAUCAUUUUGAAAUUCACUUUUGUGAUAGUUGCCUGGUUUUCCUGACUAAGCUCAAAACACAGUUCCUUUCAUUUCCAGUUGUAGUCUGAAAUUAGAAUAGGAAGCAGACUAAGGACCAUGAUGCAACACAGGGAAAGCAGACAGGGCAAUGCACACAGAAUCAUCAAACUAUUUUAGAAAUUAAUUAAGUGUACAUAUGCAAAGAUAACACCUCUCUCUCUCUCUCUCUCUCUCUCUCUCUCUCUCUCUCUCUCUCUCUCUCUCUCUCUCUCUCUCUCUCUCUUCUCUCUCUCCUCUCUCCUCUCUCUCUCUCUCUCGUCUCUCUCUCUCUCUCUCUCUCUCUCCUCUCUCUCUCUCUCUCUCUCUCUCUCUCUCUCUCUCUCUCUCUCUCUCUCUCUCUCUCUCUCUCUCUCUCGCUCUCUCCUCUCUGCUCUCUUCUCUCUCUCUCCUCUCUCUCUCUCUCUCUCUCUCUCUCUCUCUCUCUCCAGUUCUUCCUGUGUGCGGUGUACGUGCCCAUGUGUACAGACAAGGUUCCCAUCCCCAUUGGGCCGUGUGGCAGCAUGUGUCUGUCUGUCAAGAGGAAGUGCCUGCCUGUCCUAAUAGAGUUUGGCUUCGUCUGGCCAGAGCUGCUCAACUGCAGUCUGUUCCCCCCUCAGAACGACCACAACCACAUGUGUAUGGAGGGUCCAGGGGACGAGGACGCCCCUUUCCACCCCGUCCGGCCCCUGCCGCCCCAGGAGGAGGAGUGCCAGGCCCUGGGGGCAGGGCCAGACCAGUAUGCCUGGGUGAGGCGGAGCCACAGCUGUGCGCUGCAGUGUGGGUAUGACGCAGGGCUGUACCGGCGCGGUGCCAAGGUGUUUACAGACGUGUGGAUGGCAGUGUGGGCAGUGUUAUGUUUCCUCUCCACCACUCUGACCGUCCUCACUUUCCUCCUGGACUCAACACGCUUCUCCUACCCCGAGAGACCCAUCAUCUUCCUCUCCAUGUGCUCCAACCUCUACAGCGUCGCCUACCUGGUGAGGACACGGGACUUAGAGCAGGGGGUAGGCAACCCUGGUCCUGGAGUGCCACAGGUGUGUUGAAUUUAGGUAACCACUGAACUGAUCAAUGAGCUCAGUUGUGGUGUGGUGCCUAGUUUGAACAAAAUCCUGCAGCACCUGCGGCACUCCAAGACCAGGGUUGCCUACCCCUGACUUGGAUGAUUAAAAUCAUGCUUAAAGCCCUGGGCUGUUUCUCAAUAGUUGAAACUAGCCUUCUCUUCUCCAUGAUCACUAAUAUGAGAGGUGGAAGCAGUUUGUUGUAAACCUGUCCAGCCCUUUCAGCUACCAGUAGUGAUGAGGAAUGUAGAUAAGGACAGGAAGCCAUGCUAGAGUAUGUAGACCCAGCCCUGGUCUCCUGGAUGACCUGAUGACCCCUGGUCUCCUGGAUGACCUGAUGACCCCUGGACUCCUGGAUGACCUGAUGACCCCUGGUCUCCUGGAUGACCUGAUGACCACUGGAUGACCUGUUGACCCCUGGUCUCCUGUGUGACCUGAUGACCCCAUGUCUCCUGGAUGACCCCUGGUCUCCUGUGUGACCUGAUGACCCCUAGUCUCCUGGGUGACCUGAUGACCCCUGGUCUCCUGUAUGACCUGAUGACCCCUAGUCUCCUGGAUGACCUGAUGACCCCUGGUCUCCUGUAUGACCUGAUGACCCCUAGUCUCCUGGAUGACCUGAUGACCCCUGGUCUCCUGUAUGACCUGAUCCAUGUCUAACCCUGUGUCUGUCUGUGUCUCCCUGUAGGUGCGCCUGACUCUGGGUCGGGAGCGUGUGUCCUGUGAUCUGGAGGAGGCAGCGGUGCCUGUUCUGGUACAGGAGGGGUUAAAGAACACCAGCUGUGCCAUCGUCUUCCUACUGCUCUACUUCUUUGGCAUGGCCUCCUCGCUGUGGUGGGCACACACACACACACACACACACACACACACACACACACACACACACACACACACACACACACACACACACACACACUCUGGCCAAAGGUAUUACACUGUAAGGAAUAGAUUUGAAUGAAACUAUUAGAACAGUCGACUCCCAGCUCUCUAACCCGUCUCGCUCGCUGCCUCCUCCCAGGUGGGUGAUCCUGACUCUGACCUGGUUCCUGGCUGCAGGGUUAAAGUGGGGUCACGAGGCCAUCGAGAUGCACAGCUCCUACUUCCACAUAGCAGCCUGGGCCAUCCCCGCCGUCAAGACCAUCGUCAUCCUCAUCAUGCGACUAGUAGACGCUGAUGACCUCACAGGGCUUUGCUACGUGGGUAACCUACAGCAGGAGGCGCUGACGGGCUUCGUGGUCGCGCCGCUCGCCACCUACCUCCUCAUCGGGACACUGUUCAUCUGCGCCGGCCUGGUGGCCCUGUUCAAGAUCCGCUCCAACCUACAGAAGGAUGGGGCCAAGACGGACAAGCUGGAGCGUCUGAUGGUGAAAAUCGGGGUGUUCUCUGUGCUGUACAUGGUGCCUGCAUCCACUGUGAUAGGCUGCUACCUCUACCAGCUGUCCCACUGGGGGGACUUCAGGGCCAGUGCCAGGGACUCAUACGUGGCAGCAGAGAUGCUGAGGAUCUUUAUGUCUCUGCUGGUGGGCAUCACGUCGGGCAUGUGGAUCUGGUCGGCCAAGACCUUCCACACCUGGCAACGCUGCUCUGCCCGCCUGUGGAGGGACGGCCGGGCAGGAAGGGGCAAGCGGGCACCGGGGGACAGCUGGAUAAAACCUGGCAAGGGAAAUGAGACGGUGGUGUGAGUAGAGAGAGGGAGAGAAAGGGAUAGAGAGAGAGAGGAAGAUAGGAACCGGGUGGCUUUUUAAAGCAAACCUGCCCCCAAACCCACUGCUAGAUCCACUACCUGAUGGAGAGAGGGAACGAGAGAAGGACAGACAGAUCAAUAGCACCACUAAGCAGACAGCGGUCUCCUUUGCCCACUGUGUCUGUGAUUCUCUCCCUCCUAGCAGACUCUAACCCACCGCCAGAGAAGAGACUGACCCUGUAGGCUACAGCAGGCUCUGGGCUGAUCUACAGGACCCUUCUGACUUUAGACAGUAGUUUUAAAGGUUUAAUUUACACUGGAGAGUCAUUGUGCAGAUGAUGUACAGAUCUAAACUACAGCCACACUGAAAUGCACUAUGACUAGCUGAUGUGGAUGUAUCUUGACUAACGUGCCUUAUGAGGAUCGGCAGGCUGGGCUGCACAGCCAGCCACACUCUGGAGGCCAUAAAGCUAUGCUACUGCAAAGGCACCUGGGAUUUGUAGUGACUAGACUCUAUGGCACUGCAGCUAAGGCACUUGGGAAACGUAGGCCUGUGUCCUUUACCUCAGUCCUCAGCGAGCACCACAGCUGACCUCCACACAGUCUUAACGAGGAAACAGAAACUCAACUAUGAACUCUGAACUUUAACCCUUGACCUUCUCCAGUCACUCAUGGAACCCUUAGGAAUGGUGGUCAGUAAUGAACUGGUGUAAGGUUCAUUAUCUUUUUUUAACCGGUUAUGGAAGUGAAUUAACGGUUAUUAUGAAUGAUGUUAGACAAUCAACCCCCAAAAUACAUUAUGCAAAUGCUAUAAUACACCAACAGAGA